AUGGCGCUCUCGCCCUGGCACAAGCUUGAUGUACUCCUGAUAGUGUCGAGCCCGCUGCGUGGUGGGGGCAACGAGUGUGAGCGGCCAUCCAAAGUUCGACGCCGGUGUUUCCUGACGGCCGAUUUGCGCGGUUGCCGAGCGCAAUUUCCGCCCCAUUUUCUCUACGCGCCCCAGGUCCGCGCAACGCAACCCGCGCCGCAGGUUCCCGCCGCUACCGAAAGCAGUACGUGCGCCGGCUGCCGGGUCAUGGAGCCCGACGGGGCCGAAGCCAGGAAACGCUUAUGGGGCGGGAAACCUCCACAACCUCCGCCCGGGCUCCCUGGCAAUGGCGACUCGAUUGCGCCGCUGAUGCACACCGGCCCGGCGCUGCCGCCAAGACGGGCAAGCGGCGGCGGCCCCGCGGCCCCGGCCCCCGCUGUGUCUGCUCUGAGAAAACGGCACAGCGAGUUGGAGCUGGGCGAACAUUUUGCUGGUGGCUCCAUGCCCGACGAGCCGACAGCGAAGCGACAGAAAGCUGAGACCGCCGCCGGGACCACCGGCCCGUCAGUCAUCGAGAUCAAGGACAGCGAUGAUGAGGAAGACGACUCCUUGGUCUCCGACAUGGAGGAAUGGGAUGCGCUCCUCAAUGCUGCGCAACUGCCUCCGCCCGGAACCCAUGCCGCGCUUUCACGCCCGACCACAGGAACAUCGCCGCCCGUGGACCACCUGGGCCGCCCGCUCUCGGAAGCGACGCUUGCCGUUGCGCGAGAAUACUGGGACUGCCAGCGGAAGCUUGAUUCAUGCCCGCUCGACGAACAGCGCGCACCGGGAACUGCACUGCCAAUUGACCUUUUACUCCAGCUCGCAUGGCACCGCCGGGCGUAUACUAAGCUGGUGCUGGGAGUUGACAAACUCGAACCCGGCACGCGCACCUACGAGCCACCUCAUUGUGGCGACCUCUGCAUUGCCAAGCGCUCCGCAGGCUGA